AUGUCAUCAUAUUUUUUGCCGAUACCACUGACUCCUGAAGAUAAAGGAAAAGAAGGCUCAGUCAAAAAGGAAAGGCCAUAUAAGAUCUUUUUCAAAGAUCUCUUUCUUUUCAAAGAAAAUGAAGUGGCAGCAAAGAAAAAGGAAAAAUUUAUAAACCGCAGCAUGAGAGUCUACCAAAAGUCUACUUUUUCAUCUCGAAUGAAGAGUCGUUCACACCUGGGCCAAAGAGCAUUCUACUCUGACACAGCUGGUGACUCAUUUGAAAAAUUUGGGCUAGAUCCCACUCUUAUUCUCAGAUUAACAGAAGGUGCAGACGCAAAAAGGACCAUUCAUGAAUUUAUUAAUGACCAGAGAGACAGGUUUCUGCUGGAGUAUGCUCUCUCAACCAAAAGAAAUACAAUUAAAAAGUUUGAAAAACUCAUAGCAGUGAAGGAACAGCAAGUCAUAAAAGCAGAAAAAAAGCUCCAAGAAGACGCCAUGGCCUUUGAAGAGUUCCUUCGAGAAAAUGACCAGAGAUCUGUAGACGCCCUUAAAAUUGCAGCACAGGAAACUAUAAACAAACUCCAAAUGACAGCAGAGCUAAAGAAAGCAAAUAUGGAGGUACAGGCAGUGAAAAGUGAGAUAGCAAAAACAGAAUUCCUCCUUAGAGAAUACACGAAAUAUGGAUUUUUUCUGCUGAAAUUGUCUCCAAAACACUGGCAAAUCCAGCAAGCGCUGAAAAAGGCACAGAUGACAAAAAGUAGAGAAAGUAUGAAUGUCACUCUUCCGGUAUUAACAAGUGAGUCAUAAUUAAAUACAAAGAAAAAUGAGGGCAGUAUUGAGGAUUCCAGGAAGACAUCUUUUUCAGACGACAAUUCUAUGGGAAGAGGUAGCCAAGCACUACAGGGAAUCAGCAGCGUUAUCCUCCUGCAGACUGCGCCCUCAGCCCAGCCACUGGGCCUGGGAGUGGCAGAUGCAGGCAGAAACCAGGCAUUUUCUUUCUUUUACAGUCUCACUGAAAGUAUCAGUUCAGAAGAUAGUUUGGAAUUCUUUUUAGAUGAUGAUAUGGACUAUGAUCUGGAGCCAGAACUUUAUUUCAAAGAACCAGAAGAGUUACUUCAAGUCCUCACAGAGCUGGAAGAGCAGAAUCUAACUUUGGUACAAUAUUCCCAAGAUAUAGAUGAAAGUCUUGAAGAUAUAAAUAAAAGAGAAAAACUUAUACAGGAUAAAAUAAAUAGCAACAUAGCAUUUCUUUUGGAGCACAAGGAAAUGCUCAAGGCUAACUGUGUGAGAGAAGAGGAAAAAGCUGCAGACCUGGAAUUAAGGUCCAGGCUAUUUAGUUUUGGAGAAUUUAAAUCAGAUGCUCAGGAAAAACUGAUAGAAUCUCUUAGUAAAAAAAUUAAUCAAGUAUACAAGGUCUGCAUUGGAGAUGCUGAUGUUGGCAGUCUCAACCCAGUUCAAAAGCUGGUAAAAGUAGAGUCUCGCCUGGUGGAAUUGAGUGAUCUCAUUGAAUCCAUUCCCAAAGAAAAUGUGGAGACAAUCGAGAGGAUAAAACAGAAAGAACGGCGGCAAAAGUUACGUGAAGAUAAAAUGAAAGAAAAACAAAGACACCAAGAGGAAAGGCUAAAAGCUGCUCUGGAAAGGGCAGUGGCACAACCAAAGAAAAAGCUGGGAAGAAGACUUACCUACCGUUCAAAACCUCCAUCUGGUAACAAACAUGAACUACUUUUGGUCAAGGAUACAAGAACAAAAUCACUAGAGGAAGAAUAUUUUUUCACUUGA